AUGAAAGAACUUCUCAAGAGAUACUUCGGAUACGACACUUUCCGCCCUCUUCAGGAAGAGAUAAUUGGCAGCGUGAUGCAAAAGAGAGAUGCGCUGGUGAUUAUGCCUACGGGCGGCGGCAAGUCGCUUUGCUACCAGCUUCCGGCGUUGCGGCUCGAUGGCAUAACGCUAGUGGUAUCGCCGCUUAUUUCGCUGAUGAAAGACCAGGUGGAUGCGCUUAAGGCAAACGGUAUCGCAGCCGAACUCGUCAACAGCACGCUGACAUACGCCGAGAUAAUGCGUGUGCAGGAGCGAGCACAGCGCGGCGACCUCAAGAUCCUUUAUCUGGCACCGGAGCGAUUGGCUCUGCCAGACUUCAGGGGUUUUCUGAAGGCGCUGGAUGUGAGCCUUGUGGCGGUGGAUGAGGCGCACUGCAUAUCGGAGUGGGGUCAUGACUUCCGCCCUGACUAUCGGACGUUGGGCGACCUGCGGCGCAGCAUGCCAGCCGUGCCGUUCAUCGCGCUGACGGCGACGGCUACUGAGCGAGUGCGCCACGACAUCGUUUCGCAGCUCGGCCUGAAGGAGCCUCAGCAGUUCAUAGCCAGCUUCGAUCGUCCCAACCUCCGAUAUGAGGUGCGACCUAAACAGCGAGCAUUCGAACAGCUUGUCCAACUUCUGAGAGCGCGCAAGGGCGAGUCGGCAAUCAUCUACUGCUUCUCGCGUAAAGAUACAGAGGAAUUGGCGGACAGGCUGCGGGACGAGGGCUUCAAGGCGCUGCCGUACCAUGCGGGGAUGGAUGGCGAGACACGGGGCAGGAAUCAGGAAGGUUUCAUACGCGACGAGACAGAUAUUAUCGUGGCGACCAUCGCAUUCGGGAUGGGCAUUGACAAGCCGGAUGUGCGUCUUGUGGUUCACCAGGAACUGCCGAAGUCACUAGAGGCAUACUAUCAGCAGACGGGGCGCGCAGGCCGAGACGGAUUGCCGAGCGACUGUGUGCUGUUCUAUUCUUAUGGCGAUAAGAUAAAGCAGGACUUCUUCAUAAACCAGAUCAAUGACGAGGCAGAGCGUCAGAGUGCACAGGCGAAGUUGGCGCAGGUUAUUGAGUUCUGCGAGUUGCGAAGAUGUCGCCGCAAGUACCUGCUGGAGUAUUUCGGAGAUGACUCGCUGGCCAGCGGCGCGGAUGCAGGAUCGUACAACUGCGGCGGCUGCGAUGUGUGCCUCGCCGAGCUGGAGGAUUUUGACGCGACGGUCAUUUCGCAAAAGAUACUGUCCGCCGUUGUUCGCACGGGGGAGCGGUUUGGAGCAGGUUACAUUGCACAGGUACUGCGUGGCUCCAAGGUGGAACGCGUUCUCAGGCUUGGGCAUGACAAGCUGAGCGUGUACGGCAUCGUUGACGACUUCGCGGACGGGGACAUCAGAGAAAUCUGCGGCAUGCUGCUCGACAAAGGGCUUUUGCAUAAGAACAGCGGCGAGUACGCCACGCUGGGGGUAACGGCAGAAGGGCGAGAUUUUCUCAGAAGCAGAGAGCAGCUCAUACUUACCAGACCCAAGAAAUUUGAGCAAGAGUCUGAAAGCGCAUCGUCAAGCUCUCGCGGCGCGAUUGAGUACGACGGCAAGCUGUUCGAAGAGUUACGUGAGCUCCGCAGAAGUAUCGCUGCAGAAAACGGCGUGCCGCCUUAUAUCGUGUUCGGGGACGCAACACUGCAGCAGAUGGCGCACUACAUGCCGCAGAACCUGAACAGCCUGUCGCAUAUAUCGGGAGUGGGCGCGGUUAAGUUGAAGCAGUACGGCGAUGAAUUUCUGGCAGUCAUCUGCGAGUAUGCGCGGGAGAAUAAUCUCGCCGACCGUACUGACACAGGGAGUGGCCGCAUUAGACAGCGAAGCAGCGAAACGAGCCGCAAGGGAAGGCGAACUGCUACCCAUGAGACGACAAAGCACCUGCUGGACCAAAGCAAGACCGUACACGAAGUCGCGCAAGAACGAGAGUUGACUGCGAACACGAUAGUCUCGCACAUCGAGAUGCUCGUUCAAAGUGGGGAAGCACUUGACUUGCGCGCACACCUGCCUGCGGGCGAGCGCGUGAAGCACAUCGAGGACGCCUUCAGUCGAUUAGGCUACACUAGGAUUGCGCCAGUUAGGGAAUUACUGGGCCACGAUUACUCAUACGAAGAGAUAAGGUUGGUGCGCGCCUUUGUAAGGCAGCAGGUCAGCGAGACGGCAAUUGACGAAUAG